CCCGCUCGCCACCGCCAUGUCCCACUACCUGCGCCCGCCCAACACGUCCCUGUUCGUGAGGAAUGUGGCCGACGACACCAGGUCUGAAGACUUGCGCUGGGAAUUUGGUCGUUAUGGUCCCAUAGUUGAUGUGUAUGUGCCACUUGAUUUCUACACUCGUCGUCCAAGAGGAUUUGCUUACGUUCAAUUUGAAGAUGUUCGUGAUGCUGAAGAUGCCCUGCAUAAUUUGGACCGAGAAUGGAUUUGUGGACGUCAGGUCGAAAUCCAGUUUGCACAAGGGGAUCGCAAAACGCCAAAUCAAAUGAAAGCCAAGGAAGGGAGAAAUGUACACAGCUCUUCUCGCUAUUAUGACUAUGACAGAUAUAGGCGAUCCAGAAGCCGAACUUACGAAAGGAGGAGGUCUAGGAGUCGUUCUUUUGAUUACAACUACAGAAGAUCUUAUAGUCCUAGAAAUAGACCUACUGGAAGACCACGCCGUAGCAGAAGCCAUUCAGACAAUGAUAGAUUCAAACACCGAAACCGGUCUUUUUCGAGGUCUAAAUCCAAUUCAAGAUCACGAUCCAAGUCCCAGCCCAAGAAAGAAAUGAAGGCUAAGUCACGUUCUAGACUUUCCUGGAUGUAUAGUUUCAAAACAACGAAAAGUCUAUUUAAAACUGUAGCAGUAGCUGGCAGUUCUAGCAAAGAGGAAAGUUGUGGGGUUAAACUUUGUAUUUUCUUUCUUAUAGAAGCUUCUAAAAAGGUAUUUUUAUAUGUUCUUUUUAACAAAUAUUGUGUACAACCUUUAAAAACAUCAAUGUUUGGAUCAAAACAAAAAGACCCAUUUAUUUUCUGCUUGCUGUAA